AUGGCCUUCCGGUCCUCCUCCACCACGACAACCAGAACGAGCACCGCCAGCAGCACUACCACUCGCACCAAGAGCAACAGCAAGGCCAAGGUCAAGCCGCGCCUGUCCACCUCGAGCGCCAUGCGCAAGCUCGUCGACUCGCCCAGCACCGACUCGGACCCGUCGUCCUCGUCCUCGGCCAACGACAAGCCCCGCAGGGCGCGAGCAGGGUCGUCCGACGAGUCGGAUUUUGGCGACGACAUGCGCGAGGCGGCCGACCUCGAGAAGCGGGCGCGGGUCGCCAAGGACGAGCAGGCUCGCCUGCGCCGCGCCGUCAAGAAGCACAAGGACAAGGGCGAGGAGCUCCCGGCCGAGCUCAAGGCGGCGCUCAAGAAGAAGAAGAGCGCCGGCAGCGCCAGGGCGCCCGUCAAGGACGACGUCGCCGCCGUCAUCGACAACGUCGCCGCCGAGCGUCGCAGGUCGGCGGGCAAGGGCAGGCCCCGCCGCGGCAGCAGCGCCAGCGACUCGAGCGCCGACAUCGUCCCGGUGUCGAGGCCGACCCGUCGCCGCAGCGACAAGCGCCGGGCGGUGCAAGAGCGGGACGGGAUCGAGGUCCAGGGCGCCGACUCGAGCGACGACGGCGCUGCAGAAGACCUCGUCAACACCGUCAAGGGCGGCGGCGAGCUCUCGGACGACCCCGACGAGGUCAAGAAGCACCUCGCGCGCCGGUGGUUCGACCGCAAGAACCCGAACGUCAUGUCGGCGCGGCGCAAGCAGCUCGAGCUCAAGUACAACCCGCUAGUCCGAAUGCUCAACGUCGAGAUUCAAGUCGGCGCCAGCUCGUCACGUGUCGCCAACUCGGACGAGGAGCGCCGCCAAGAUCUGCACAUCGAGAACCUCACCGACCCGGACACCGACUGGUCAUCGCCCGGCAUGGGCGACCUCAACGACAGCGUCGUCAUCCGCCCUCGUCGCGAGCCGCCGCCGCACGCAAGAUCGAGGGUCGAGACCGACUCGCCGCCGCCGCACAAGGGCAAGGGCAAGAGCAAGGAGGUCAAGCUCGAGUACGACGACAUGGACGAGGACGUCAAGCCCGUCGUGACGCCGGUCAAGCGCUCGGCGCAGGUGUCGACCGUCAAGCGCGAGAGCCCAGAAGACGUCAAGCCGGUUAUCCUUCUCACCGACGACGAGCCCGAGCCCGACACGGCCGACGACGACGACGAGCCUGCCGACCCGACAACGUCCGUUCACCUCGACGUCAAGCCCGCCAUCGGCUCCUUCUCGUCGCGUCCCGCCCUCGACGGCUCCGCCGCCGCUCGUGCCCGACCAGGACCCGUCGCGUCUACCUCUGCCCUCCCGUUCGAGGUCGACGACAGCGGCGCCGAGCCCGACACCGAGUCGGACGGCGCCGGCGAGGUCGACGACGACGUCAAGACGCCGAGCGCGGCCCUCGCGCCGCAUUUUGCCGCGCACACGCAUGCGCUCGUCGGCUCGUCGCAGACGCUCGGGCCCGCUUCGCAACGUCGCGCCGACGUCAAGGGCGAGUCGCAGUCGAGCUUGUUCUCGUGCUCGCGCGCGCAGUCGCAGCGGCGGUCGUCGCACGGCGUCAAGCUCGAGGUCAAGGACGAGCCGGUCGACUUUGGCCUGCCCGUCGAUCCUGACGACAGCGACGUCGAGUUCGUCGACGACGCGAUGCUUCGAGGUGUCGCGGCGGCCGCGAGGGAGAAGGCGGUGCGCGACGAGGUGCGCAAGAAGGAGGACCGGAGGAAGGCGAUGCAGAGCGAGAUCGCCGCGAGGAGGAUGAAGAAGGAGGAGGCGGAGCGGGACGGCCAGGCCAAUUACGAGGACGAGGACGAGGACGAGGACGACGAGCGCGCGAUGCAGGUGGACGGCGACGACGACGACGACGAGGCGCCGCUCAUGUGGGACGUCGGCAAGGGCACGAAGCCUGUCACCUGGCCACAGCCCGUUCGCAAAGGUCGCCCCAAGUUCAUGCUCGAGAGCUCGCAGCAGAAGAACAUGGGCGCCCACCUCCUGUCGCAGGACCCGAGCGACAAGACGCAGAUCCCGGCGCCGCUCAACCGCUUCCUCCGUCAGUACCAGCGCGAGGGCGCCGAGUUCCUCUACUCGCAGUUCAAGAAGGGCCUCGGCGGCAUCCUCGGCGACGACAUGGGUCUCGGUAAGACGAUCCAGGUCAUCGCGUUCCUGUCGGCGAUCAUGGACAAGCAGGGCAUCAAGAAGUACGACGACGAGCGCCGCAAGAAGGUCGUGUACGGGCGCGCCGACGACGACCCGAUCGACAAGCCGUCCGACCUCGGCCCAACCUGCCUCAUCGUGUGCCCCAUGAGCGUCGUCCACAACUGGGAGCGCGAGUUCAAGACGUGGGGUUACUUCGACGUCGGCAUCUUCAUGGGCUCCAAGGAGAAGAAGAACGAGAUGCUGCACAAGUUUGACCGGGGCGUUCUCGACGUCGUCGUCGCCGGCUUCGAGGCCGUCCGCAACCAGAUCGGCGAGUUCACGUCCCGCGACUUUACCGUCGUCAUCGUCGACGAGGCGCACCGGGUCAAGAACCGCAAGUCGGCCACGACGCAGGCGAUGAACCAGUUCCCGUCGCGCCUUCGCUACGGCCUGACGGGCACGGCGAUGCAGAACAAGCUCGAGGAGUUCUGGUGCGUCUUGAACUGGGCCGCUCCUGGUCGUGUCGGCACCCAUCGCCAAUGGGAUGACCUCGUCAGUCGUCCGCUCAAGUUCGCGCAAACCGCCGACGCCACCGAGGACGAGCUCGCGCUCGGCCGCAAGCGGGCCAUGGCCCUCGUCACCUCGCUCCUCCCCAACUUCUGGAUCCGCAGGACCAAGGACGACCGCAACGUCCAGCUCCAGUUGCCGCCCAAGACCGACAACGUCGUCCUGUGCCCGCUCACGGCCCUACAGCAGCGCGUCUACCGCCGCCUCCUCCAGCUCGAGGACGUCCAGAUCAUGCUCACGGCCGACGACCCGUGUCCGUGCGGCGAGCGAGACGAGACGGGUCUGCCGUACCGGCGGGGGAGCUGCUGCGAGCAGGAGUGGACCAAGCUCAUCUUCAAGUACAUCUCGCUGUUCCAGGGCGUCAGCAACCACCUCGCCCUCAUGUACCCGAACCGCGAGGACAAGCGCAAGGAGCCCGAGCGCUACGAGCAAGCCGUCAGCUGGAUGCAGACCGCCUUCCCGGACGACUGGCAGGACCGCAAGCCCGGCCCGCAGGCCGCGCUCGACCCCGACCUCUGCGGCAAGUGGAAGAUCCUGUGCGAGCUCCUCGAGCUCUGGCACCACGAGGGCCACAAGGUCCUCAUCUUCUCGAUGUCGCUCAAGAUCCUCGACCUCCUGUCGUCCCUCAUGGAGACGACGCACUACAAGUACCUCACGCUCGACGGCAGCACCCCUCAAGACGAGCGCAUGCCGCUCGUCGACGAGUUCAACGACCCAGCAGGCGGCAUCUUCUGCUUCCUCAUCUCGACCCGAGCCGGCGGUGUCGGCCUCAACCUGACCGCCGCCAACCGAGUCGUCAUCUUCGACCCGAACUGGAACCCGUCGCACGACCUGCAAGCUAUGGACCGCGCCUACCGCUUUGGUCAGACGCGCCGGGUCGACGUGUUUCGGCUCAUCGGUGCGGGAACGCUCGAGGAGCUCAUCUACAACCGCCAGCAGUACAAGCGCUCGAUGGCCAAGACGAGCUACGACGCCUCAUCGGAACGCCGUCUCUACACGGGCGUGCAGGGCGAGGGCAAGACGCAACACGGCGACCUGUGGGGCGUCAAGAACAUCUUCUCGCUGUCGGAGAACUUCUCGCUCACCGAGAAGUCGAUCGAGCGCGCCAACCUCGCCGAACUCGAGUACGCCCUGCGCAACUCGAGCAUCUUCGAGACGGACGACGGCAAGGUCGCCGACCUCGACGAGCCCGACGCAGAAGAAGUGGUCGCCGAGGUCACGGGCUACAGCAAGAAGGCGGACCCGACCAACCAGAUGUCGCCCGAGGAGCUCGCGCGCCACGAGCGCAGCCUGCGCGAGCAGGCCAUGAUCUCGCGCAUCCUGUCCGGCGUCAGGACGGCCGAGUCGGACGACGUCAUCGGCGGGUCCAACAUCGAGCUGCUGCGCGGGCACGCCGCCAUCCAGGGCCAGGCCGCUCGCGCCAAGGCGGUCACGGCGGGUCCGCCUCGUCCUCGCCUGUCGGCGCCACCGCCAUCAUCGUCGUCGCACAAGGCCAAGCCGGUCAAGAAGCGCUCCAAGACGGAGCACGACGACGUGCCCGCGUGGGACCCGCUCAGUCGCUCGAGCGGCCGGCCCUCGGCGACGCAGCGCGACGCCUCGCAGGCUCGUCCGGCGCUCAAGAAGCCCAAGCUCGAGUCGCAGCCCGGUCCCGACUCGAAGGGCGACGCCUUUGUCGCCGCGGGCCUGCCCGAAGGCGUGUCGGUCGUCGACGCGAUCGCGACGGCCGGGUACGGCGGCGCCGACGGCGUGCAGCGGUUCUACCGCGAGUUCGGCGCGUGCGACAAGGGCAAAAAGGCGAGCAUGCUCAAGAGCGUCGUCAGGGCGUGGAGGAAGGAGAACCCGGACGUCGAGGACGAGGACGAGGACGCCGAGUAGGCGAGGAGGAGCGGUCUCUGGGUCUAGCUUUCGCGGUCGUCGUUCGCUUUGUCGUUGUGCACUUUACUCGCUUUCUCUCGCUCUCUCAGUUGCGGGCGAGAGCGUGACAUC